AUGCGAAAAACAAUACAUUCGAAACAAUCUCGACAACUGCUAGAAUAUGAUAUAAAUUUGUGUCAAUUAUUGGGACGGGGUCAGGGUAAAUUUUUAACCGCCUGGGUUCAUAACUUUUUGAAAUAUGGUAAUUUGCCGAAAAGUUGUCCCAUCGAGAAGUUGAAAUUUUAUGUAAUUUUGAGUGUGUUAUUAAUUGGAGCAUUGGCUCAGGAUAUGCCACCACCAGAACUGGAACCGGAAACAACGACAACAGCGGCACCGGAACCUACAACACCAGAGCCAACGACACCAGAGCCAACGACACCGGAGCCAACGACACCAGAACCAACUACCCCUGAACCUACAACGCCAGAGAAAACCACUCCAGAACCCACAACACCCGAACCCACAACACCUGCGCCAAUCACUCCUGAACCCACAACACCUGAGCCCAACCAAAUGUAA